AUGUUUUAUAAUUACAAAGGAGAUUACAGUGUUGUACUACUGGCUGUAGUAGAUGCUGAUUUACGUUUCAUUUAUGUUGAUGUGGGAGCUAAUGGCAGAGUCAGUGACUCUGGUGUUUGGAAUAAAUGUUCCCUCAAAAACUACCUAGAUAGGAAUGCUCUCAAUAUUCCUCCGCCUGUUCCGCUGCCAGGUACAGAAGAUAAUUUUCCUUUUGUAAUUAUAGGGAAUGAAGGUUUCCCAUUAUCAGAAAAACUCUUAAUUCCUUAUCCAAAACCUCAAUGUAGUGGAAAAAAAGAUAAGAGUAUAUUUAAUUACAGACUAUCUAGAGCUCGUCGCACAUCAGAAAAUGGAUUUGGUACAAUGGCUGCCCGUUUCCAAAUUUUUCGUUCUCCAAUGCGGUAUGAUCCUGACGAUGCUUCCAAGAUCAUCUUAACUAUAUGCUGUUUGCACAAUAUGCUGCGAAGUCAGUCUGUUGGACGAGCUAUGUAUACACCAUCAUCAUUCUUAGAUGUAGAAGAUGAAAUAUCAGGAGAAAUUCGUCGUGGAGAAUGGAGAGCAGAAAACGGAAGAGGCAUGGUAAACUUUGCUCACCAAGGUGGCAACCGUCAUGCAAAUGAAGCAAUCUUGCUCAGGGACAGGUGGUGUGAUUAUUUUAAUACUGUUGGCGCUGUUCCCUGGCAAGAACGAAUGAUACAGUGA